ACUUUUUCUGUGUGUGGUCAUCUCAGUGGUCCAGGAUCCUGACUCUGUGCUCCAUCGCUCAACUAAAAACGAAUCUCGGCAGUUAAUCAAGUUAGAUAUUAAAUUCUAACAGUUGGGGGCUCGUCCGCGAAGGGGGGGAAAAUUAUUUCCCUAAUCUCCCUACGAACCGGGAGCACUGUCCCAAGAUCGAGUGGGAAAGACGCGCCGGGGAUCAGAAAAGGAGCCUACGAUAAAGGGGCUUACAGGCCUCAAUGAAUCCUUUGCCUACAUGGGAAGAACACAGUGAACCACAACCAGCUGAAUCCAAGGCUGACAUACCACCAAUGGUAGAGACUAUGAUUGAUCCAUCAUUAUGGUCACAAUAUAAAGACGAAACAGGUUUUAUUGACAUGGAACCGUAUAAAGCAAAGCUUAAAACUAAACAGCCAGUCUACAUUAAACAAUAUCCUUUGUCAAAAGACAAGGAACUUGGUAUUAAACCAUUGAUUGACAAUUUUGUCCAGCAGGGUGUCCUCGUGCCGACUCAUUCGCCAUACAACACACCCAUUAAUCCGGUGGUAAAAGCUGAUGGAAAAACAUGACCUGAUCAUUUCUUCGGAAACACGUGAGGACUGUGAGAAAGCCUCCAUCAUCAUCUGCAACGUCCUUGCACAAGCUGGGUUUAAAGCCUCGAAAGAAAAGCUCCAGUGGGUCCAGCCUAAGGUAGCAUACCUGGGACACAUAAUAACGCAAGGUUUGCGAGCGAUUUCCACAGACAGGGUCCAGAUGAUCAGGAAGAUGAAGUCCCCACAAACUGUGCAGCAGCUUCAAAGCUUUUUGGGACUUGUGAACUAUUGUAGAUCCUGGAUACCUGACUGUGCGAUACAUGACAAAUAUCUGAGAAGUCUAAUCGAUCACAAAGCUCCACCUAAAACGCCAUUGAACUGGACUGACGAGGCAGAAAUGCACUUCACGGCAUUGAAGAAGGCCAUCACCACAGCCCCUUCCCUGGGACUCCCCAGCUUCCAAAAAGAGUUCCAUUUGCAUGUCCGGGAGACGGAGGGGGUGGCCAUGGGUGCAACAGCAUGGUUCCACCUACAGACCUGUAGCUUACCUGUCUAGAAAAUUGGGUAAUGUAGCUGCAGGCGUGCCAGCAUGUCUUCGUGCUGUGUCAGUGGCUGCUAUAGUGGUGCAGAUGGCUGAGAGGAUUGUCCUGUCGCAUCCAAUCAUUGUAUAUACUUCACAUCAGGUAGGAGCAAUCCUACACAACAUGCAGACGCAACGACGUUCAGGCUACGAGGCAAUUCUGCUGGCCACAAAAAAACCUCACCAUUCAGCCAACAUCAUCAAUUAAUCCUGCUUUAUUAGGGGUUCUUGGAAUGGCUGACAUGAUAGAUGGUAAUGAAAAUCAUGAUUGUAUCAUUGAAUUGACCUCAUGUUCUUCCAGGGCCGAUCUCUUGGAUUCGCCCCUGGAUGGGGGGGAGCACAUAUAUGUUGAUGGAUCAUGUUCAAAACCUUUUGAUGGUGUCUACCUUUGUGGGUAUGCUGUGGUGUCAGAAACUGGGGAAACAAUAGAAGCUUAUGCCUUAGACUAUAAUUCAGCGCAAGCUGCAGAAUUGGUAGCGUUAAUAAGAGCAUGUAGGCUGAUGCAUCAGGUGGUGCAUCACUUUGCCAGAACAUGGGAAGCUAGGGAUUUUAAGACAGCAGAUGGUAAACCAAUAGCGCAUUCAAACUUAAUAGGACAGUUAACUGAAGCAGUACAGCUACCUGCCGAAGUGGCCAUAAUAAAAGUAAAAGGUAGCAGCAGGAGAUGAUGAACAAGCUGUAGGAAAUAUAAAAGCAGAUGAGGCUGCAAACCAAGCGGCAAAGGCCCAGAUUAAACCGCCAUUUGAUGUGGGUAACAAAAGUCAGGUAACUAUGGCUGUGCACAUAACUAAUGUACCUGAAAUUGACAUUAAGAUUCUGCAAAGUCAACCGACACAAACUGACUUAGAACAUUGGAGUAAACACGGGUGUGCCCCAGAUAAAGAUGGUAUUGUGAGGGAUGAAAAGGGAAGAAUAGCAUUCCAAAGUUAUGAUUGGUAAUCCUCAUUAGGCAUUACCAUGGUUUGUCGCAUACAAGCUGUGCAAAAGUAGUACAAGUAAUAAAUCGCUUGUACUGCAUUGCAGAUGUACAUAAAACAGCCAAGCUGAUUCUGGACUCGUGUCUUACGUGUGCUAAGGUAAAUCCGCACAGACCGAUUAAACAUGAAGCAUAACUGCACCCAGAAGCACCUUUUCAGCAUGUGCAGGUCGAUUUUACGCAUAUGCCACCAAUAGGUAAUUUAAAGUACCUUCUGGUUAUAGUAGACCGAUUUUUGAAGUGGCCAGAAGCGUUCCCGUGUGCAAAAGAGGACGCUAAGACCGUGGUUAAAAUUCUAACUAAAGAAAUAAUUCCCAGAUUUGGUAUACCUACUACCAUUGAGAGUGACAAUGUGAUGCCAUUUGCGUCCAGGGUUACGCAGUUUUUGGCCAAAUCAUUGUCCAUCGAUUGGCAUUUCUCCAUACCGUACCAUCCGCAAUCAUGUUCGAACGUGGAACGUUUAAACAAAACCAUUAAGGGACACCUGACAAAAGCCAUGCUGGAAACGGGGAAAAAAUGGGUCGAUUUGCUACCAGCAGUGUUAACAGAAAUAAGAAUGACUCCAUCUUCCACCACUAAACUGUCAUCAUUUGAAAUACUAAUGGGUAGGCCUUUCCCGACCCCAUGGGUCAAAGGCCGCGCAGGCAUUGCUUCUUUAGGAGACCUGGAGGUGAUACAGGAGGACUAUGUGACUUCCUUAAUAGAAAAACUUAACUCUAUAUGUGCUGAUGUUUCUUUGUGUCUUCCUCUCCCCUCAGAAAAGCCUACUCAUCCUUUUGUUCCAGGCCAGAGUGUGCUGAUCAAAAGUCUGAAGCCGACGAGGAUAGGAGAGCCGAAGUAAAUCGGACCAGCCACUGUGAUUGCAGUAACCAGGACGGGAGUUCUGACAGACUACCAGCCGCAGUGGAUACACGCCUCAAGAGUGAAGCAGUAUUCUACAGGAGAGCAGGAAAGCUCCAAUUUAAAAUUGAAUACUGAAAAGUAUUCACCUUAAUGCUUAACAGGUAGGAGGAAAAACACUGAUUAAGCUGAGGAGGGAACUACCUCUUAUAGUGAGGUGGGGGUUAUCCGAGGCUAGAAGAUAGGUGGCCCAUUGAGCCAAACAGUGCUAACUCCUUACAUAAUCCUGUACGCAUUAAGGGCCAAAUUGAUGGACUAUCCGCCACUAGAGAGUUUCACGCAGUGUUCAAUUGUAGAAGCUAUUCUUGCAUUUGACGAACUUAUUGUUCAAUUAACGAAAGAGGUAAUGAAGGGACUUUUUCCGAAUCCAGUUGAUACGCCGUGUGAUGUUUCACCAACCAAUAUAGAAUUUAUUAUGAAUUCAGAUAUGAAUGUUGGUAUGAAGGAGGUUAGGGCAGAGAAAACUAAGUGUGAAGGAAAUUAUGCAUGUGCAUUGGCACUACUGCAAAGAAGUGUUUUGAGGAAUGAGGUAGGAGGAGAGUGUUGGAUUUGUAUGCAGUUACAGUCAGUGUGGAAAACACAACAAAUAACCUCAGAAGUGUUACACCCUGAGAAAGACAAGUGUGAUAUGCCAAGGCAGAUGACUGUGAUAAUGCAGAUGGCAGAUAACAUAAGAGCGAAUAGGGCACUGAGGUUUGCGCUCAAAGAUUAUAACUGUUCAUAUCCAGGACUACCUUUUAAAGGACCAGCAUUUCAGGUGCAGUCACACCUCGCAGAUUUAUGUAUUUGUGCAACUAAGGGAAAACAUUAUGUGGGGAUGUCAGAUUGCAGAACCACCAUAACAGUGAAUAACACAGUUCAGGGUAAGAGUAAUUGCACUGUUAGGUAUCAAAAUGGGACAAUAGAGCAUUUUGGGUGUCCGUUCUCACAUCUUGAUAGUGCACCAGGGAUGAUUUGGACCUGUGGAGGGAUGGCUUAUUAUCAUUUAGAUGAAGGAGAUUGGCGUGGAUGUUGUUAUCCUGCUCUACUCUCCACAGAAACCACAGUAUUGGUAAAAAGAGGUAGUGAGACUAUCAUGGGGCUUGCUGCACGACAGACCAGAGAGAAACGAGAUGUAAAUAGCAUGCCUAAUCGAUAUAACGGGUAUAAGACAUUGGAUCCAUGAACAACUCCAGGGGAAAAUAUAGGAUAAUCCUUAGCGGGAUUCUUUACUGGAGUAGGGACAACAGUAGCCUUAAAUAAAAUCAAUGGGUUAGCAUGGCAGGUUUUGUCAUUGGAGAAUGAUACAGCUCAUGCAUUAGGGCUAAUCACGGACGAGCUAAAGAAAAUGAGAGAAGCAGUUAUCCAAAAUAGAUUGGUCCUUGAUCUGUUGACCUCUGAGAAAGGGGGAGUUUGUAAAAUGUUGGGGGUAUCUUGUUGUUUCUAUAUUCCAGAUAAUUCAGAUAACAUCACAGACAUCCUAACUCACAUGAGGGAAUCCAUCCCGGAGCCAAGAAAAGAUGACUCCUGGUUUAGCUGGCUGGACAGCCUCUGGGGUGGAUGGGGAACCUGGAUUUUCACCACUGUAAUACAGAUUAUUGUUUUACUCUUAAUUGUGUUGUUGAUCGCUACAUGUCUAAUUCAGUGUAUCAACAAUUCUAUUAUGCAUACUAUUGCUUCGCUUACAACGAGAGGGAGUUAUCAAGUUAUGCUAAGUGCGCAACAAGAAGGGGCUCGUCCACCAGCUCCAGAUCCAAGACCUAAUAUUGAACAGGAUGAAGAUGAAUACAGCAGCUAUGCUCGUGUGUAUCAGUUAGAGCCUGAAGGGUAUAACUGGAAUGCGGAAGAUGCAGUUUAAAUGAAGUAUAACAGAGUCUGAUUUUUUGCUUGAUUACUCGAUACAAUCAUAGAGAUGAUUACAGUAUUUUAUAUCAUUAUAAUCAGAAAGAUGAUUCCAGAUGAUUACAUGUAUUCAAUUGCAAAAUGAUAUUAGUCAUAUUGAUGUGUAUCUUGAUUCAACAGUAAUACUAAUAUGAUUGUUUUGUUUUAUAUUGAUGUGACAUUAAUACUAUUACUGAUAUUAAUACUAAUACGAUUGUUUUAUACGAGGCACAGGAGUGUUAAGUAAGACAUUCUGUCUUAAAGUGGCCAUUGUGAGAUUGUAAUAAUCCUGACCUCCUGUGCCCUUCUCAUACUAACCUGAAAAGCAGACAUGACAUAGUCUAGCCUAGAGAAUCAUAGGACAUGAUGUACUGUUGUUUCCUGAAGGGUGUGAUGUUUGAUCUUUCACUUCCCUAUUUUACAAUAUAAAUAUUGGAGUCUUUCUUUAAUAAAAUGCCUUUG